GUCCCUGUGGUUCCCCCGGAGCCGGUCCCCGGGCUGGCAGGGAGCAGCAGGCUCAGGCCUCAGCCCGGCAGCGGUCGCACUCCCCCUCCCCGGGCACAGUGACGUGAGGCGGCGGGAGGAGGAGGCCGCGCCAGGCCGGGGGGAGGAGGAGGAGGCCGCGCCCGCCGCUCCCCGCGCUGAUUGGCCGAGGCCCCCGCAGCCCCCUGCUCCGGAUCCCGCGGACACGGCACGGAGAGGGACGCCCGGGACCCCGGCCAGGUUUUGUGAAUGACUCAGACUAAUGAUGGAUCCUGUAGGCGCAGGGCUGGACCUGCAGACGCAAGAGUCCACCAUGGCCCACACCAUGGUCAUGCAAGACUUUGCGGCCGGCAUAACUGCCACAGCCCACGUCGAUGGCGACCACAUCGUUGUGUCGGUUCCAGAAGCCGUCUUAGUUUCCGACGUCAUCACAGAUGAGGACAUAACGCUGGAACACGAUGAGCUGUCAGACGAAGUCAUCCAAGGCCCAGAUAUUAUCACAGAGGCCGACGUGGUCGCAGAAAGCGUCAUUGUUCCUGAGGCCGUGUUGGAAACGGACGUUGCGAUGGAAGAGGAGUUAGACGGAAGCCAUCACGUCCUAGAGUCCGACAUUAUUACGGAAACCAUUAGUGUUCCCGACCAAGUCUUCGUGGCUGAUCUGGUCACUGGGGUGGACGGUCGGCUGGCGCAGGUGGUGCACGAUGGCGCGUCUGGACCUCACUCUCCCAGCUUGGUCUCACAAGAAGUAUUAGUGGCCAGCUGUGAUUCGGAUGCGAUUAUUCAUUCUCCUGGCAUCCAGGCCACCGGGUCCUCUGUUACCAUUAAAAGUGAGGAUGAUGACGAUGGGAAAGGCUCUUCUGAAGAUUACCUGAUGAUUUCAUUAGAUGACGUCGGAGACAAGCUGGAACGCAUCGGCAGCACUCCUCUAAAGAUUAGCACUGAGAUUUCCCACGGGGACGCCUCUAAGGAAGAUGGGUUUGGUUCAGAGGUGAUUAAAGUUUACAUAUUCAAAGCGGAGGCUGAUGAUGAUGUGGAAAUAGGGGGAACAGAAAUAGUUACAGAAAGCGACUUCCACAACGGACACCCCGUCGCUGGAGUCCUGGAACAAAGCGGUCUGGGGAGAAUACAGAGAGAGAAGAUGGUUUACAUGACGGUUAAAGACUCUUCUCAGGAAGACGAAGAUAUUGGCUGCGCUGAAAUAGCGGAUGAGGUUUACAUGGAGGUCAUCGUAGGGGAGGAAGAAGCUGCGUCUCUUCCAGAUGCUCAGGCAGAAGAUUCCGGCUUAAGCAAAACAUUUGUCCCCGUCGCCUGGGCCGCUGCGUACGGAGAAGAGAGAGAGAUCCCAAGAAAAUAUGGAGACUGGCAAGAAACUGGAAACGUGGAAUCCCGGCUGGAGAAUAAGAACGGAACGGCCACGCAGUACCUACAGAUCUGUGACAGCAUCACCACCAGCAGGACGCUCAAACAGAGAGCCAAGAAGAGGAGGAGAGGCGACGCCAGGCAAUGGCAGACAGCUGUCAUUAUCGGCCCGGACGGCCAGCCUUUGACGGUGUACCCUUGUCAUAUAUGCGGGAAAAAGUUCAAGUCUCGGGGUUUCCUGAAGAGACACAUGAAGAACCACCCGGAUCAUAUGAUGAAGAAGAAAUACCAGUGCACGGACUGUGACUUCACCACCAACAAGAAGGUGAGUUUUCACAACCACCUGGAGAGCCACAAACUGAGCAGCAAGAUGGACAAGUCGCACGAGUUUACAGAAUACACCCGGAGGUACCGCGAGGCCAGCCCGCUCAGCUCCAACAAGCUUAUCCUGAGGGACAAAGAACCCAAACUCCACAAGUGCAAAUACUGUGACUACGAGACGGCCGAGCAGGGUCUUCUGAACCGCCACCUGCUGGCGGUCCACAGCAAGAACUUCCCCCACGUGUGCGUUGAAUGCGGAAAGGGCUUCAGACACCCUUCCGAGCUGAAGAAACACAUGAGGACACAUACGGGCGAGAAGCCGUACUUGUGCCAUUUUUGCGAAUUCCGCUGCGCUGAUCAGUCCAACUUAAAAACGCAUAUUAAAAGCCGCCACGGGACAGACUUGCCCUUUAAGUGCGAGCAGUGCCCCCAGGCCUUCACGGACGAGAAGGAACUGUUACGGCACACCGAGCUCUUUCAGGGUCACAAAACGCACCAGUGUCCCCAUUGUGACCACAAGAGCACCAACUCCAGCGACCUGAAGCGGCACAUUAUAUCCGUCCACACUAAGGACUUCCCCCACAAAUGUGAGGUGUGCGAGAAAGGCUUUCACCGCCCCUCGGAACUGAAGAAGCACAGCGAGUCGCACAAGGGGAAAAAGAUCCACCAGUGCCGACACUGUGACUUUAAAACCUCCGACCCGUUUAUACUAAGCGGCCACAUCCUCUCGCUGCACACAAAGGACUUGCCUUUCAAGUGUAAAAAAUGUAAGCGAGGGUUCAGGCUUCAGCCGGAGCUGAAGAAGCACAUGAAAACGCACAGCGGGAAGAAGGUCUACCAGUGCCAGUAUUGCGAGUACAGCACGACGGACGCGUCGGGAUUUAAACGUCACGUCAUCUCAAUACACACAAAAGACUACCCGCACCGCUGCGACUUUUGCAAAAAGGGAUUCCGCCGGCCGUCAGAAAAGAAUCAGCAUAUAAUGAGGCACCACAAAGAGGCGAUGAUGUAACUGCGUAGGGACACGUGCCUCGUUAACAACAAUGUACGAGAGAGCGCAGUUAACCCCUUCACUGAUGGGAAAGGCAGCUCCCCCCUUCCCCCUCAUUCUUCUUAUUUGCACUUUGUUGCUUAGUCCUCAUUAGUGAAGGGGUUAUUCCUCUUGCCAGGAAGCCUUGUUCCUAGGAACCCUUGUUCCAGUCAAAGGUCAGAGAAUGGAAAAUAACUGCUACUCCAGAUGGGAGAGAUAGAGGGGCAGCCUGUGAUCCUGUAACCGAGGAACUACAAGUCCCAGCAUGCCCGGUCAGCAGCAGGCUGCCCACCUGAGCUAUGGAUAUUGCCGGGCUUUACUGGCGAAAAGUCCGAUUAUCGGAUGGAGUAUAAAGUAUUUCUAUAAAGCGUUUACAGAGCUGCUAACGCCACGGUGUUAUAUAAUACAGUAUUUCGAGUAGCCGUCUUCUAAUACGAAGGUCAAAUACUACAAGAUAAGGUGCUAGAAAAGCAAAAUUGUGUACAGAAAAUCCCUUUUUAUCUGGUGUUACAAUUGAAUGUUGUUUGGUAGGGACAAGUUAUAUUGUAUGUAUGUAUGUAUGUGUGUGUGUGUGUAUAUAUGUAUGUAUGUAUGAGUCCGAUGCUUUUUUUUUUUUUUUAUCUUAAAAAUAUAUAUAAAUGUUAUAUCUAUAGAUGGAAGAUUAUACCCGUAAUGAAAAUGUAGCACUUUUAUUUCUGAUGAAACGUCUGUUGCGAGUGCGGUUUGUGUCGGGAGAGGGUCAUUAAGCGUCACCCUGGCCGCUAGUGGGAGUAUUUAUAUCAGUCCGUCUGUACAUCCAUGCUGUGACGUACCCAUACAGUAUUUAAUCAUUACAGUGUUGCCACUACACAAGUUUACAGUCGCCCGUAAUUAAAUUUGCAUCCCUUUAACAAAUAGCGCCGUGCGUUCGCAUGCUGCAGGCCAAACGGCUUCAGACUAAACAAGCGAUUUCAUAAAAAAAGAAAGAAAAUAUCCUUUAAUGAUGACUUGUAUUUUUGAAUGUGGUCUUUUUAGAUCUGUGUUAAGUUGAGACUUGUUUGCACUCUUGUACACAAAACUAAAAUAAAGGCAUCACAGAAGUUUGUUUCUCUGUCCUUCUGGGGGUAUAGCGCAGGCCUGGCUGACCUGUGGCUCUCCAGCUGUUAUGAAACUACAAGUCCCAGCAUGCCUUGCCGCAGUUUUGCUAUUAAGGAAUGCUAAAACUCUGGCAGGGCAUGCUGGGAUGUGUAGUGUCACAACAGCUGGAGAGUUGCAGGUUGACCAGGCCUGGUGUAGAGGUCUUCGUGAGGAACAGGCGCAUCAAACUAACCUGGUUGUAGAUAAGUCAUCCCCUCUACAUCCCGUCCAUCCCUCUCAGCCAAUCGAAAGUCAGAUUGAUUUAUAUGCCCAUGGCGUGAGCAGCGAAAGUUACAGGAGCAGCUUUUUGAGUUUUUUUCGUGGCUUGCAGUAGUCUCCCCUCGGUGGUUGUGUCCUGCUUGCAGGUCCAGUGUGCAGUGGAGAAGGGUUGCUGGGUGUUUUUUCUGCCUGGUCUUGUCCCCACCAUAGCCAAAGGAAAUUGUCCUCUAUUGCAGAAGUAUAACCAUUCCUUGUGCUGCAUGUCUAACCGCCUUAUGUUCCACUGUUGGUGCAUUAUGGACCUUAACUCGUUUCUCUUGGCAUGUGGACUUCAGGUUCCUCUUCUGGAAGGUGUCUUUUCUGUUGGCCAUUGCUUCUGUAAUGGGUGUCCAAAUUAGUGGCCCUUUCAUGUAGAUCCCCAUACUUGGUUUACCAAAAGGACCAUGCAGCGUUGCAAACCGACCCCUCUUUUAAGCUGAAUGUGGUGUCCAGGCUUCACUUAAAUCAGGACAUUGUAAUCCCAGCAUUGCGCUACAAUUCAGCUUCAGGUAGUAAAGAUGACUUUUCACUACCGGAUGUGAUUUGGGCCUUGAGGAGCUAUAUGGAUAGAGGAAGACGGACAGUCUUGUCAUCUCAUAUGAUGCUCACAAACAAGGUUGACCAGCGAUGAAACAGUCAGUGGCCAAAAGGAUCAUAGCUACCAUUUGUCAAGCGUAUAUCUCAGAACAGGUCGCUGAACGGAUUAUUGUCUCAUUCUACCAGAUCGGUGAGCGCCUCUUGGAUGGCUUGACACGGUCGGUGGAGUAGUUGUGUUGGGCGGCCACCUCGUCCUCCAUUUACACAUUUGCUAAAUUUUAAAAGUUCUCUUUGCCUGCAGCUUGAGAUGCCCGUUAUGGGCAGAAGUUUGGCGCACAGUUUUGGCUGAGUGUACGUUCCCAUAGGUGCAGCUUUGGCUGGUAGUAUCCGCCGGAUAGGAGGAGAGAAGAGAGGAUUUUUGGUCCUUACCAUUAAAUCCAUUUCUCUUACUCCAUCUGGAGGAUACUGCGCUCCCUCUUGUUGUACGCUCUGCGUUUGUUCCUUCUCGAGUUAAGUGUCUGUUUGUUCAGAGUCUCCUACAUGCUUGAAGUUUAAAACAGACUUCCGGUUGGCUGAGAGGGGGGUUGACGGGGCGUAGAGGAUAGCGUUUAGCUACACCCCAUCAUUGCCAGUGUCCCCCAGAUGGAGUAAGAGAAGCAGAUUUAAUGGUGUAAGAGAAACAGAUUUAAUGGUGAAUGUCAAACGUCCUCCUCUAUAAAUACAUUUUUUUUUACUUUACCUCCCCCCAAAAGAAAAAGCUCUUAGAAGACCCCCCCCCCCCCCCCUCAGGCUUAUGUGGCUGUAACUGAUUGUACAUGUUGUAAGAAUGUUGUUCCUGUUACCGUGAGAUUAUUAAUGUGUUAACUCAUCACCAUGAGCAGAAAAUAAAGAGAAACUCUUGCGUCGCA